CACCUAUGAAAGCGAUUCGUCCCUGCCGCGCCUGCUAGCGCAUAUACAAUACGAUACAUGGUUACAUGAUACACGGGAAGGACCCCUGUUUAAUUGAGUCUGAGGUCUCGACGGGAUGACAAAUCAAUAUUCAUUCCAAUACAUUUCAAUAUUCCAUCAGCAAAUGUUCGUCUAUGAAAUUUAGUAUCAUAGCAAAACACGGUCAUCGGUAUUUUAUUGUCACCCGUCGAUGGAAAGGCACCAAAACAUAGGAAUACUGUGAUCAGCUAUCACCCAUCACCAUGAAGCUCUCAAGCGUAUUACAUCUCCCCGCGCUCCUGGCAGCGACAUUGCUGUCCCCUAUACAGCCCGUGUCGGCAGAGCAUACCAGUAAUUGGGCUGUCUUAGUAGGCACUUCGAGAUUCUGGUUCAACUACCGCCACCUCGCCAACGUAUUGUCCAUGUAUCGAACUGUCAAGCGACUGGGAAUACCCGAUUCGCAAAUCAUCCUGAUGCUUCCCGACGACAUGGCUUGCAAUCCUCGGAACGCCUUUCCAGGUACCGUGUAUAGUAACGCAGACCGCGCCGUCGACCUGUACGGAGACAACAUCGAAGUCGACUAUCGGGGAUACGAGGUUACCGUCGAGAACUUCAUCAGGUUAUUGACGGAUCGCGUCGGGGACGAGAUGCCAAGGAGCAAGCGAUUGCUGACGGACGACCGGAGUAACAUAUUCGUGUAUAUGACGGGCCACGGAGGAAACGAGUUCCUCAAAUUCCAGGAUGCGGAGGAAAUCGGUGCUUUUGAUUUGGCGGAUGCGUUUGAGCAGAUGUGGGAGAAGAGAAGGUACCACGAGAUUCUAUUUAUGAUCGACACGUGCCAAGCGAACACCAUGUAUAGCAAGCUUUACUCUCCCAACAUCAUCGCGACCGGGUCUUCGGAGCUAGACCAAUCCUCGUAUUCGCACCACGCCGAUAACGACGUCGGGGUGGCUGUUAUUGAUCGGUACACGUAUUAUAACCUCGAGUUUCUGGAGUCGGAAGUCAAAGACCUAGGUAGUAAGAAGACGGUUGGCGAUCUAUUCGACAGUUACAACUACGAGAAGAUUCAUUCAAACGCCGGUGUGCGGUACGACUUAUUCCGAGGUGGCGCGGAGGCGGCGCGGAGUCGGCUGCUAACCGAUUUCUUCGGAAACAUACAAAAUGUGGAGGUAGACGGAGCUAGGAACAAUACGAUCGACGAGGACGUUUUAGCUCUUAGUAGGACGAUCGCAAAGCUGCGAGAGAUGGCUGACCAAGACGACGAAGCUAUUGCCGCAAACAAGAGCAACACCAAAGAGUCGACCAAAGCUAAAUCUCAGCAGUCGAAGAGAGUCCAAAUGGCCAAGCCAUUAACGGAGGAGAACUGGUACGCGAAGAAGCUUGUGGGUGCGACAGCGUUAGCUAGCUGCGCUGCUUUAUGGGCUCUUGGGUCAUACUUGGAGACGCCAAAGAAUUAGAGACUACCUGAUAUAUGUUUCGUAUUGAUAAUAAAGAAAACUCGUAAUUCUAUAUCAAAUCUAUUAUGAAUACAACGCAUAAGUGGUUAUGUUAUUUUCGAGUACUAUUAAGAAGGUGCAUGUAUUGCAUAUCUACAUGCAUGAGAUGG